AUGCAUGGUAUUAAAAGGAGAGAAUGGACUAAGGAGCUUUUGCGGCAAAAGAGAUUGAAAGAUGCCCAAAAAAUCGCACGCUAUCGUACACUUACGAGAGUCAUUCUCGACAAGAGAGAUAACGACGAUUACGACACCGAGGUUCUUGCACAGACUACAGAAUUGCUUCAACUUAAUCCAGAGUUCAACGCGAUCUGGAACUACCGAAGAGAUAUCAUGGGCGCUAUAAAGGAUCAAUUGACACUUAAAUUCUGGGAUGAAGAACUUUUACUGACGAUGAUGUUGCUCAAAGGCUAUCCGAAGGUGUACUGGAUUUGGAAUCAUCGACUAUGGUGCUUAGAGAAUUAUCCAUCGUCUGACGCAAGGAAAUGGCAGACUGAACUACUUAUGGUAGGCAAGGUCCUAGAUAAGGAUGCUAGGAAUUUUCAUGGCUGGCACUAUAGGAGAAUAGUGAUUCAAAAUCUUGAAAAAGUGACUGGUCAAAGCCUGAAUACCGAGCAAUUUGAUUUCACAACCAAAAAGGUCAAUGAGAACAUCUCAAAUUUUUCUGCAUGGCAUCAAAGGGCAACUCUGAUUCCUGAAAUGAUUGAACAGGGACAAAUACGUGAACCAAUACAAUUCAUCAACCAGGAGUUCCAAUAUAUAAUAAAUGCUAUCUUCACUGAUGCGGAGGAUCAAUCUGUGUGGUUUUAUAUCAAGUGGUUCAUUACAAAUAAUUGCACCGUCAGUCAGUUAGAUUCCAACGAGUAUGCGAGAUUACUGCAGGAAUUAAAGGAUGCGAUAGAGGCAAUCAAUCAGGAUGAACUAGAAUUCUUAGGAAAAGAUAAUACUUGGUGCUUAAAACUUCUUGUCGUGAUUGAGAAAAUCCAAAUUGAAAAGUUGAAGAUAUCUGUUAAUCCACGGGCUGUCGAAUAUAUGAAAAGAUUAUGUGAGGCAGAUCCCCUUCGCAAAAAUAGAUACCUAGCGAUUUCGGAGAAUAAUUGA